CAUGGCCGUGGGUUGGGAGUGCGCAUGAGCAGCUGUCUAUGGAGAUACCCUGGUUCGGGGAGGGAGAACACGGUCGGGGAAAAUCGGCAGCUGAGGCGGCCUGGGCAGGACUUUAGCACUCAGGCUUGUGAGUCAAGAGAUACGAAGACCUCCCCAAAAGGACCAAUUACUCGGAUGUGCUCUCUCACAGAGAGAUGAAGGGGCAGCAGAAAACAGCUGAAACGGAAGAGGGGACAGUGCAGAUUCAGGAAGGUGCAGUUGCUACUGGGGAGGACCCAACCAGUGUGGCUAUUGCCAGCAUACAGUCAGCUGCCACCUUCCCUGACCCCAACGUCAAGUACGUCUUCCGAACUGAGAAUGGGGGCCAGGUGAUGUACAGGGUGAUCCAGGUGUCCGAGGGACAGCUGGAUGGCCAGACCGAGGGCACUGGCGCCAUCAGUGGCUACCCUGCCACUCAGUCCAUGACCCAGGCGGUGAUCCAGGGUGCUUUCACCAGUGAUGAUGCAGUCGAUACAGAGGGAACAGCUGCUGAGACACACUAUACUUACUUCCCUAGCACUGCAGUGGGAGAUGGGGCAGGGGGUACCACAUCGGGGAGUACAGCUGCUGUUGUUACUACCCAGGGCUCAGAGGCACUACUGGGGCAGGCGACCCCUCCCGGCACUGGUCAAUUCUUUGUGAUGAUGUCACCACAAGAAGUAUUGCAGGGAGGAAGCCAGCGCUCAAUUGCCCCUAGGACCCACCCUUAUUCCCCGAAGUCAGAAGCUCCCCGGACCACUCGGGAUGAGAAACGCAGGGCUCAGCAUAAUGAAGUGGAGCGCCGCCGCCGAGACAAGAUCAACAACUGGAUUGUGCAGCUAUCCAAGAUCAUUCCAGACUGCUCUAUGGAGAGCACCAAGUCUGGCCAGAGUAAAGGUGGAAUUCUCUCCAAAGCUUGUGAUUAUAUCCAGGAGCUUCGGCAGAGUAACCACCGGUUGUCUGAAGAACUGCAAGGGCUUGACCAACUGCAGCUGGACAAUGAUGUGCUUCGACAGCAGGUGGAAGAUCUUAAAAACAAGAAUCUGCUGCUACGAGCUCAGUUGCGGCACCACGGAUUAGAGGUCGUCAUCAAGAAUGACAGCAACUAACUGUGGGGAUUCAGGGGCUUUGGGCCCGAGAACUGCACAUAGCCCAGGAGCAACAGGCUAAUCCCGUGCCCCUUUCCUUCACUGCCCACUUCUGGCAUGGGACUGGGGGAGUUCAGAAGGCGUGUUUUUGAACUGAGGCCCUGUGAUACAGCAGCCUCCGGUGGUGCAAAACACACAAUGUGGACAUGCACUGACAGCCUUGCCCACCCCCACCAUGCAGCCCCUGGGCCCUUGUGCUCCUCUUGCACAAUGCAUGUGCUGUCUUCAUGUUGGAUACUGGACACACUAAACUGGGGGGCUUGCCCUGUGCUUGCUUAGAGUGCCCAGCAGAGGGUCUGCUGGCAGGUGAUACUCUGGCUUGCCCCAGGACUGUGGCGCUCCCAUUGGUUCCUCGUUUCCUUGGAGCUGAGGUUCAGAUACGCACUGGUGACUCUGGGGAACAGGCUUAAGCAAGAAGUGGGGAAAGAAUGCUUAGCAGUGGCUGCUGCCCCACACAGAGGAGAUUGGCCAGCGAGCAGCUAAGGCCUAUGCAGAAGUUUCUGGAGCCAGGGAGAACAGGCAGGGGUCCAGUUAGGGCCUUCCCCCUUGUGGGGGUGGUUCUUUUUUUUCCCUCUUUCUUUCCUUUUUUUCUUUUUCCAAAGAUAAAAUUGUUCAGAGCCA